CUGCAAUGCAUCUCUUCAGUUUCAGGUUAAGACAAUUCAACUAUAAAAGGCUUGCCUUGUAAAUUUUAAAAAUCUCCAAUUAUGUGAUCCUAUGGACGUCAUUGCUUGGAAGUCCUGACUGCUUUCUUCUCUUCAACUGCACUCACUGCAGAUAUCCAUCAAGGGUUUUGAAGCUGCUAUUGCAGUUGGAGCCAAGGAAGUAGCUGCAGCUGCCUCUGCUUCAGAGUCUUUUUCAAAGUCAAAAACAAAGAAAGCAUUGAAGAGAAUCUUACUUACUGUUUUGAUGUUAUUUCUGCUGCAAGAGAGCUUUCAAUACCUGUUUUUAGGUAGGUUACUAACUACAAUUGAAAUUGUUGUAUAUUCCUUAAGAGGAAAAUGGAGGAAAAACGGGUAGAAAAGUUAGUCUUAUUUCUUCCUAUUGAAUUCUCAAUCAAUUUAGUCUUCAACUUUGUAGACAUUUAUCAUGUGUCUUGGGUUGCCCUGUAGAAAUGGGGGGAUCAGUACCGUAGUUCAUGGACUCAUCAGUUUCAGGUCAUGGAGGUUAUCCAUUUAACCCUAGAGUUUUAUCAGGAAAUGUUGCCACUGAGGAUGUUGUUUACAUGCUAAAUGGACUUGGGGUAAAAACCAAUGUGGAUCUUGAGAAACUCAUAUCUGCUGUAGAUCUUAUAUUUGAGCAUUUGGGAAGGACAUCAAGUUCGAAGACCACAGCUGCCUUGAGUAGGGAAGCAAAGUCUUGUGCUCUCAGUACUUCCUACCAGGAUUUGUAGCAGUUAAAGACAAUGACUUGUUUCAGGGUGCAACUUUGACAUAAAUGACACAUUGAAACCUUGGAUUGCUUAGGUUUUGUUCAUGUUGAAUAGGAAAUUUGUGAGAGCAACGAUUAUUUCAAAUUCUAAUAGAAUAUUAUGUGACUA